AAAAAGGAAAAAGUAUGUUUACGGGGGUAGCAGACGAAGUUUGAAAAAUGGCGAACGCGUUAUUUAGGAUAAUUUCGAGCGAGUUGAUAGCUACUAAAGGUCAGCAGAUACGUUAUGGGCACAGAAUGCGAGGGAAACCGCCCGGAGUAGCAAGGAGCUUGGAACAACGACUUGAAGAACUCAGACCAUAUGACCCUGCGCUAAACUUUAAAGUGGAUAUUGGAUUACCGGCUGUUCGAAGAUCUAGAAGUGAAAUUCUUGCUCAGCAGCUCGAACGUCGCAAGAAAAUCCAGUCAGAUCCCAACUUGGAACGACUUGCACGACACUUGCAGCUUAGAAUUGAUCUAGAUGAGACACAAAAGAUAUGGCAGCAGACUUCCGCAGCUGACGACUGUCGUAAAAUUGCUGAUCACUAUGGCAUCUUCAAAGACCUUUAUGGAGAUGCUUAUUUCACUCCCAGAGUCCCACUGAACAUCAGUUACACCAUUAAUGAUGAUGGAGAUGUCUCAAAGGUAUUUAGGGGAAAUAUUCUUAAGCCUCUCGAAACUAGCAAAUCACCUCAAGUUGCAUACGAGUCCGACCCAAAUACCUUGUGGACGCUGCUGCUGACUUGCCCAGAUGGAAACUUGGUUGAGGAGAAUAGCGAAUAUUGCCAUUGGUUUAUUGGUAAUAUUCCUGGAAGCGAUAUGGAAAAAGGCGAGCUGUUGAUGGAUUACCUGAAGCCCAUUCCGCUAAGCGGAACUGGCUACCAUAGAUACAUUUUCAUUCUUUAUAAACAAGAUAAGCAACUUGAUUUUUCAGCUUUUAAGAAGGAACAGCCAUGCCUUUCCUUGAAAGAACGUAACUGGAACACUUACAAUUUCUACAAAGAUCAUCAGGACGUUUUGACGCCUGCUGGGCUCUCCUUUUUUCAAGCUGACUGGGAUCCCUCCGUCAAAGACUUUUUCCACGAAACUCUUGGUACAAAGGAGCCCACAUUUGAGUACGAUUUCCCACCACCUUAUAUUGCUAAACAGAGGUGGUUCCCUCUGAGAAUGCCGUUCAAUCUGUACAUGGACAAGUAUCGAGAUCCGAAGCAAAUUCACAAAGAAUAUUUGUUGAAAAAAUUGAAGAAAGCUCAUCCAUUUAAAGAGCCAGAAGCACCUCUGCGCUAUCCAAAUGCUCAAUACAUUGAUCGUAGCGUUCCUUCCUGGUUGAACCUUGAAAUAAGAAAAGAUCGCCUGGGCUGGGGACGAAUCAAUGAUGUUUAGGUUUUUCAACAUCAUAGGUAUUAACAUUACAUAAUGUAUGAAUAUUAUUUUUUUUUUUUUUCAACUGUAAAACGUCAUAAAAGUCUAUAUUUUAGCAGUUUAUCACAUCGUUUUCAUUUCAAUCUUUCAAAAAAAAAAAAAACAGUAAUGCGUUCAACAUACGCAGCAGCGAGUGUGUGUCAACACAUCGAAAAGGCGAAUCUUGAAGUUUCUUCGUCUUAUUGUACAUGAAUCAAUCAUGUAACAGUGCCAGCUCCUAUUUAAGCUACCAAAAAUGAAGGACUAGUAAUUACCGUAGUUCUGUUUUUGCGGUCACGCAUCAAAAUAACACUUCCUUGUAUAAAAAUCACCUGUAAUUAGACGGAGAGGAAAAAAAGAGUAACAAAUGAACAUACAAUUUAUUAUUUUUUGAGAA